AUGUAUGCUAAAUACAAGUUGGAGGAUGUCACCAGAGAUACUCUGGAAGAUUUUAUAGUAUUAGAAGCUCUUCCUGAAGCACCAAGCGAAAUAAAUCGCUUCAUGAAUAUAUCUACACAUUUCUCCAAUCUUCUGUCUUCAAACGUAGCAGAAGCACCCCACGCAUGUGAGCAAUGUAUUAAUAAAUUGAAAAUAUUUAUGAACAACAGCUUUAAAGGAGCUGAAGAAGAAUAUAUGGACUACAAACAUUUUUUAUAUCAACUUAAAAUGGAGUCAUUUAAAGAAAAUAUUAAGGAUCUCAAAAAACAACUGAAAGAUCUUCUUUUCGAAGAAGAAACACUAAAAUUGGAAUUAAAUAUGCUAAAAGAGAAAGAAGAGGAGAUCAAUUCAAAAGUUGAAGAACAAAUUAAAAUUAAUGAAUAAUGUACUAAAAUUAAAUUAAAAUACUCCAAAAUAAGUUCGAAAUACAUUAAUUACAGCCAUACACUGGAAGAAGAAAUAAUAGGUCUGAAGAAUCAGGUAGCCUAUAAUCGGGAUAGGAAAAACCAGAUUGACCAAACAAAUAUUUUUGAGGCCACCUUCCGCAUAUGGCACGAUUAAUAGUUUUAGGCUAGGCUAUAUUCCCUCCUCUCCAGUAGAGUGGACUGAGGUAAAUACAGCUUGGGGCAAAAUUUCGCUCCUUCUUUUUUCCAUUGCAAAUAAGUUAGAUUUUCAAUUUAAAAAUCUCAGACUCGUGGCCAAUGGCAAUAAUUCAUACAUUGAGAUGGAAGGGGCGAAAAAAGAAAUUUUGCCACUUUUUGGUUCUGGCAAUUUCCGCUAUAGGUGGGACAGCCAGUUCGACAAAGGAAUGGUGGCCUUCCUUGAUUGCUUGGGACAACUCAAGAAAUCAAAAAAAGGGGAAUAUUUAGCCCCUUUCCCAUACACAGUGUAUGAAGGGAGAUUAAGAGAGGACUCCUCUGGAAUAUCUCAUUCCAUCAAAAUCCAAUUUAAUUCGGCAGAACGCUGGACUAAGUCAUUGAAGUUCCUCUUGACUAAUUUAAAGUGGGCUCUGGUGUCAUUACCGUAUUUAAAUAGAAAGCCCGAAAAAUGUUUUGAAUGAAAUGUGAGAUCCAUUAAAAAACAUAGAUAAUGUGUUUAAACAUUUGGAGAUAAUUGAAGAUAUAAGUUAAUGGGAGUGUUUUUUUAACGUAAGG